CUUGGCUUGGAGCUUCAAAUUGCUCACUCAACUCCUCCCUCAUCUCAUCUAACAAAGCAGCAUAAAUACUAUGUAGAUUUCGUUUCUCCAUUUUCCACCAUUCAUCUCCAAAAUUGCAAAACAAAACAUGAAAAUUUUCACAUAUACUUUUCUCUGUCUGUCCGUGUUCUUGGCCUUCUCCAACUUCAUCUAUCCCUCGCAAGCUGCUACAACUGAACUUGUGAAGCACAUAUGUAACCAGACCUCGAAUUACACCUUCUGUGUUGACUCUCUCUACAGCGACCCACGUACCCCGGCCGCCGAAGCGUACGUGCUUGCCUACGUCUCAUUCCGCUUAGCGUACCUCAAUGCUACUGCCACCCAAGACCGCAUAGCUGUGCUGCUUAAACAUGCUGCCUCAGGCCAAAGCCAGCAUCUCCAUAGGUGCAACCAUGACUACAAGAAGGCCACCUCCGCGCUGGAGCAGGCUUACAUUGAUCUGGACUCCGAGACCUUCUUCGAGCUGGCGGAUUUAGCGGGCGCUGCCGCUCAUGCUGCCGAUGAUUGUCAAGCCACUUUCAAGGGUACAGACUAUUCUUCACUUGCUACCAUGAAUAAGAAUUUGAAGGGUCUUUCAGAAAUAUGCGUAGUCGUCUCUAAACUAUUUACUGAAUCUUAAUUUGUGAGAUUAGUCGCCAUUUCUAUCUACCAAGAAAGAAAUAAUAUUAGCAAUUCUUUUUCAUAAGAGAAUGCAAAUGUAUGACCUGUUAUGUGGUUUAGACUUUUCUGUAUCAUCCCGAUCCAUAUUGAGAAGAGAUGAAUAGUUCAA